UACGAGCUAUUAGAGAAGUGACACAGCUGCCUUACAGAAGUCAAUUCAACCUGUGGAAUACUCCAUUGGACCUGAAACUUAAAAGAGCUUUUGCAUCUCGUGGAGACUAGCUAACAGAGUAAAAAUGAAAUUCAUCCUGCACUCCUUUCUAUUUGGCUGCCUGCUGGCCACAGUAGCACACUGUGUGGAGCUCGACCCUGAGCUCAAAAAGAGGCUAAACACAUGGCUGGGGAGCCGGCUCAGACGGGAUCUUCACACUUUGUCUACAGAACAGAAACUGGUCAGACCCGAAGACUUCAGGGAUUCACUGAUACACUCCAGCUCCCACACUAAUGUCCGCACCAAGAGGUCCAACCAACAGCGGAGACAGGGCUGCUCCCUUGGCACCUGCACAGUGCAUGACCUGGCACAUCGCCUGCACCAGCUCAACAACAAGCUGAAGAUCGGCAGCGCCCCCGUGGACAAGAUCAGCCCCCAGGGGUACGGGCGCAGACGGCGGUCUGUCCCAGAACACAGGCUCAGUCUCAGGCUGGACCAGGGCAGGCUCAGGCCCAUGUGGAGCCAAAGAGACUCUCAGCUCCACAAGCUGGAGGCACUCCUCAGACGGACAUGAACUGCACUUUGAAAGAGGAGUUUGAACAGAGAAGAGGGAGUGGAGGAGACGCGGUGUCCUCUGCUACGCUCAAAGAUUUUUCAGAUGCCUCUGACUCGUGCCAAGUUUUGUCCAGUACAUUGUUCCAGAGGAUGGAGAGUCGGAGCUCGACCGGCUGCAGCUCAACGAUGUGGAACAUGCACAGGCUGCAGCUGGCUCAUAGACACUGGAUAGCACUGAGUGAAGUCAUGGUGCUGCUCUCUGCUUGUGCUACAGACUGGCCAAGUGGACACAUGGUAAAAGUGGGAACUCACACAUUUGCUCCUCACAAACUGAAAAGUGUAUCCUCAGAGGAUUGUUAUCUGAUUGUACUUGUCUGCACUUUUCUGUUGGUCUGAAUAUCUCCAUCAUGAAGCCAAAGAGGGAGAAGCUCUCCACAGCUCCCAGUUUAUAUGUAUCAGUUCUGGACACUGUAUAAGGGAAGUCCCUUAGAUUCUGUGAGAUAUGUCCUAGUCCUUGAUGGACUGAAAUAUACUUGAAACUUAUUGUUUUUGUACAGAUACAAGUGCAAUCUAUAUUUGUUUUUUACUGCAAUUGUGUGUAUAUAUGUCUUUUAUUUAAUAUUAUAUAGAGGUUACAAUAAAGUACUUAUGCAGAUUUAUUUUUGUACAGGAAGAAAUAUAUAUGGGCAUUGUAGCUAUUUGCCAUUAUGUUGCAAACUGUGGUUAUAGGAUAUUGUUAUAUUUGAUAUAUUAUAUAUUUGUUUAUUUUAUUUUGUUAAAUGUCGAUACACGAUGUCUUUUAAUAAACUUUUUUAUACAUAA